AUGUUGAAAAAAACUGUGCUUGAUGUGCUUGCCACCUCAAACCCUGAUGAUGUGGUUAUGGCACCUACCAAGAUUGUUCAGGCAGAAACCAAAGCAAUUUGCAAAAGAAAUUCAGGCUCCCUGUUACUGAAGAAGGAUCAUGACAGUAUGAUGACCUUUACAUGGAACAAAUUUCAUAAGGAUUUGGAAGUGCGUGCUCCUAACCUGUUGAGGGUAAUCAGUGCAGUUGUCAGUGAUGUUCCAGUGGCACCAUCAGAGAAAAAGUUUAUGAAUAUCUUGCACACAAUUGCAACAGGAUGUCAUGGCCGUAGCCAAGAAAUGUCUGGGCUGCACUAUUGUAUUGCUUUUUUGCUUGUUCAUGGUGGAUGCACUCAAAGGGAUAUUCAAAGACUUGCUAAAAUUGGACUUUGUGUAAGCCCUGGAUCUGUGCACAACAAGUUGGCAUCCUGGAUUUACAAACUGGAUGAAGAUGUUAUUCAGUUGAAGAAAGAUUGGUCAGAAGGAGGAAAUGUGAAGUAUCAGUUGGUCGGAGACAACUGGGACAAAAACAUUCUCCCAGCUUUCAGGACAUCACAACAGAAAACUUUGUCAUUACACCUGUUCAAUGUUGUUGUGGUUGUGGAUAGGAUAAUUCCAACUGCCAGAGGUGUGGAAAAUAGUGAUGAACUGAAAACUGACAUUAAAUUGGAGACAUUCAUACCAUCCAUUGAGGAACAAACUAUUCUGAUGGAUGAACUUGUCUUCCACUUUGUUACUUCAGUGAUCAAGGGAGUUCCUCAGAUGAAAGCAGAAUUUGCCAAUAUUUAUCCUGCUCAUCUGACUCAUCCAUACAGUGCACAAGCAGGUGAAAAAACAAAACAGUAUCCAUUAGGAUUAUUCGAUACAAAUGAGACAAAGACAGCUGAUAUGAUUCAGCUACUUCGGGAUUUGCAGUCCAAAUAUGUUCCAUUACAAGAUGAUCACAUAGUGGAAUCAGUGUUUUUUGGUGGUGACAGACUAACAGAUGAACGUGUACAAUGUGCACAGCAGUCAGUUCUCAAUGGAGAGACAGCAGAGUCCAGACUUGAAGGAUUUAUCUCUAAAAUUGAAGACUUUCAUCGUCUAAUGAAUUUCUUGGAGGCUAUCUGCAGGCUCACCUACAGCACAGAUUCUGGAGGAGACAGAGGAACUGCAUGCUAUUUUAGAAAUCUAUUGGAUGCCAGGAAUGUCAAAGGAGAUGUGAAAAAUGCGUAUCGCCCAUACAAACUUCUGUAUUACACAAUUUAA